AGCAAGUUUCGUUUGAGAAGAUCAUUGCCAACCUUCUGAAUCCUCCUUGAUCGCAGGUACUUGCAAUGGCCGUUCAGCCUCCGCGGCCUUGCGCUCUACCGGAAAGUCUUCGGCAUUAUGUGCUGCGCGAUAAUGUCAUGGUACCCUUGGUCCCUGUGGAUCAGUUACCCUUCCAACUUCAAGGCGUGCCUCGUCGCCUGGAUCACCGCCAGUUGUGUGAAGAACAUUGGAAAUUUGUGGAAGAAACUGAUGAACCUGCAUCGCCCCUUCCAAUCUUGGCUCCAACCACAAGAUUUCCUUCUCAGUCAACACCGUCUAUCAAACCCCGGUUCCUUGCACCAGACCACCAUGUUCGUACCGAGUCAGCGUCCAUGUAUAUUGACCAGCCACGAUCCGCUCGGGCGUCACUACCGCCGCCACUGCCUCUCAUUGAGGGAGGAUCAGGACUGCCUCGCUCCGUUAACCCAAUCUCCUUCGAGCGUCCAUGUUCUCCAACGGACAGCUUCGCUUCCAUACAUCAGAAAGAUGCUCAGAGCCUCGGUUUUCGCACACCCUAUCCCUCAGGCAUUGAGCCCGACCCAUCCAAAAAGGAGUACUGCACUCACUGGAUCAAGACUGGAGAAUGCGCGUUCAUCUCCAUCGGCUGCAAGUUCAAGCAUGAGAUGCCCUCAGCCGAAAAGUUGCGUGAAUUGGGAUUCACACAGGGCUUGCCCAAGUGGUGGAAAGAGAAAUCCGCCCUUGGUGCUAGAGAAUUGACUUGGAUGCAGCGUCGGUUGGCGGGGACAGAGAACAGAGAACUGUCCAACGAAUAUCCAGUACCAUACGCCUUUCCUGAUACUGCAGCGUUCAGGACGAGACGAGAUGCACUUUGUCCACUUGAUGGUGGUCUCGAUUCGCUGCGUGGCGCUCUCAAACGUAAUUGCAGCGUUUCUGAGCGUGAGCGAAUCACUUCUGCAAGGGGACCUAUGCGCGAAGAACCGGCUUCCCCAAAGCAAGGGUCUCUACCUACUACGACUAAACCUACAGGUCAAAUUGUGAAUCUUCUCAUCGAUUUUGACGAGAUACCGGCUCCUCCACCCAGCCCGCAGUUGUCGAGCAGCUCGCGCAGUGAUGAGUUUUCCGAUACGCAGAGUCUGUCCAAUCGCGCCUCACCUUCCACGCCCGCCACUGAGUAUCUUCCGUUGCUCUUGAGCAACGAGGACAAAUCGGUCAAAAGGAACGAUGAGAAGCUGCGGAGGAUCGACGACAAGUUGUCCAAGGCCAACGAAAGAAAAUCAGUCGUGACCAAUCAAGAAAGGCUUCAUAAAUCAAACUUGGAGGUUGUGAGAGGAACUGAGUACACCGUUCGACCAAGCCUUCGUCGCCACUCCAAAGCCUCUUUGACCUCCUCGAGCGAAGAAGACACCAAGUCCAAUAGGUUGGUCGCCAAGCGAAAGUCUUCACCUCCCAAGCCUUCCAAGCGGACACCUUCAAAGCAACUUGGCCUGGCCAACUCGAAGCACGCCAACCCGAGCAGGAACGUUGAGAAUCACCGCAAAAACCCCAGCCACAAGCUUCUCCAGCACGAAACUCGCAAUGAGGUAGCUCCCGGAUUACAAGCUGUUGACAUGCAGAUCAGACGCGAUGGCCGUCAUAAUGAAAGAGCGAGAAGGGGUGCAAUAAGUGAGGAAGGUCAAGUGCCUGCAACGCCAGCUGCAGUCACUCGGACCAAGUGAACAGUUGUGUAAGUGGUGUAUGGAGCGGCAUGCUUUGGAAACAUGUUUUGUUCGACAACAGGAUUCGUAAGUGAAUAGGUGAUGGUAUAUGCAUCUACGAGUCUUGUUCGGUAUAGCACAGGGUGGUGGUUGUUCUCAUCUGGGUUUUUGGUAACGGCAAAGAGAGUUGUGGUGUUUUUGACUUUCUUUCUCUUUUCCUCUAUAGACUUUUGGGUUCUUUUUCACUGUACGGGUUUUAUUUGGGGGUUUCCAGAGUAUUUCGUGGUCGAUAUCGUUGAUUGAAUGUUUCUCUUGCUGCAACUACCAGUGGCUGAUCUCUUGAGUAUGA